AUGGAAGAAAUUGAGAAGGAUAUAGAAGUGAUGGAAAAUGUUGCUCUUUCUGAGCCAUUGGAAGAAGGGUUUGAGAGAGAAAAUGUUGGGGUUGAAAAGGAGAAUGGGAUCACUGCAAAGAGUGGGAACAUUUUGGUCACUGUGAAGCACAAGAUGUUUGAGUUCUUCAAAAGGGUUAUGGAGAUUGAGUGGGUUAAACAUUUUCUUGGUGGCAACCUGGAAAGAACUAGAGCCUAUCAUGUUUGGCCAGGAAAAAAUGUCUUUUUCUUCCAUGGGAGGCUCAUAUGUGGCCCGGAUCCAAGAGGGUUGAUGUUGACAAGUGUUUCUAUCAUUCUUUCAAGUUGGAUUUUUGCCAUUUAUGUUGGGGAGGAUCUGCCAAGUCAUUCUUCUAGCCUCAUAAUCAGCAUCUCUGUGAUUUUGACCAUAAUUGUUCUUGUCAACUUGAUUUUGGUUAGUGCAGUUGAUCCGGGGAUGAUUCCAAGAAAUGAUGGUCAGGAAACUAUUGCAGAUGUUGGCACUAGUACUGGCACAAGGAGGAGAAGGGUAACAGUUAAUGGGGUGGAAAUGAAACUAAAAUACUGUCGGAUUUGCAAGAUUUAUCGUCCACCCAGAAGUUGCCACUGUGCUAUAUGCGAUAACUGUGUCGAGAAAUUUGAUCACCAUUGUCCAUGGAUUGGUCAAUGUAUUGCACUGAGGAACUAUCGAUUUUACCUGACAUUUGUGGCAUCGGCCAUGGUCUUAUUUGCUUAUCUAUUUGCGUUUUCAUGCUGGAAAAUCCAUCAAAGAGUAUUGAAAAAUGGAACUGGGUUUAUUGGGAUGCUAAGGAAUUGCCCCGAAACAUUGGCUUUGGUGUCGUUUAGUUUUGCUGCCAUUGGAUUCCUUGGUGGACUUGCUCUGUUCCAUGUCUACCUAACUGCCAUAAACCAGACAGCUUAUGAGAAUUUUCGGCAGCGCUAUGUGCGUUCUAGAAAUCCAUAUGAUAAAGGAAUUCUGCAUAACUUUAUGGAGGUUCUGUUUGUGCCAAUGCCACCUUCCAGAGUCGAUUUCCGUGCUGAAAUCUCAUCAAGAUCGUUUUCAGCAGCAGAAACAGAACUCUGA